CCGCCGCCAUUGGUGACAGCCCGGACUCAUGAUUCCCAUAUGCCCGGUAGUUUCCUUCACCUAUGUGCCCAGCCGGCUGGGGGAAGAUGCCAAAAUGGCCACCGGCAACUACUUCGGAUUCACCCACACCGGGGCUGCUGCCCAGUAUAGCCAGCAGCCAGCUUCAGGUGUAGCCUAUUCCCAUCCGACCACCGUUGCAAGCUAUACUGUCCAUCAGGCGCCAGUAGCUGCGCAUACAGUUACUGCUGCCUAUGCCCCAGCAGCCGCAACAGUCGCAGUAGCCAGGCCUGCUCCUGUGGCUGUUGCGGCUGCUGCGACAGCUGCAGCCUAUGGAGGCUACCCCACGGCGCAUACGGCAACAGAUUACGGUUAUACGCAGAGGCAACAAGAAGCUCCCCCACCGCCACCUCCAGUCACCACACAAAACUACCAGGACUCCUAUUCAUACGUUAGAUCCACCGCUCCAGCUGUGGCAUACGACAGCAAGCAAUAUUAUCAGCAACCCACAGCCACGGCAGCUGCAGUAGCAGCUGCUGCCCAGCCACAACCUUCUGUAGCUGAAUCGUACUACCAGACAGCUCCAAAAGCCGGCUAUAGCCAAGGAGCGACUCAGUAUACUCAAGCCCAGCAAACCCGACAAGUGACUGCCAUUAAACCAGCCACGCCAAGCCCAGCCACCACCACCUUCUCCAUCUAUCCCGUAUCUUCCACUGUGCAACCAGUUGCAGCUGCUGCUACUGUUGUCCCCUCGUAUACCCAGAGUGCUACAUACAGUACGACAGCGGUUACUUACUCUGGUACCUCUUACUCUGGCUAUGAGGCUGCAGUAUAUUCAGCUGCAUCAUCUUAUUACCAGCAGCAGCAGCAGCAACAGAAACAGGCGGCGGCGGCAGCUGCAGCAGCGGCCGCCACAGCUGCUUGGACAGGGACCACCUUUACUAAAAAGGCACCAUUCCAAAACAAACAGUUGAAACCAAAACAACCCCCCAAACCACCCCAGAUCCAUUACUGUGAUGUCUGUAAGAUCAGCUGUGCUGGACCACAGACUUACAAGGAACAUCUGGAAGGACAGAAACAUAAAAAGAAAGAAGCUGCCCUGAAAGCAUCACAGAAUACCACCAGCAACAAUUCAUCUGCUCGUGGGACUCAAAACCAGUUGCGCUGUGAACUUUGUGAUGUGUCUUGCACUGGAGCCGAUGCCUAUGCUGCUCAUAUUCGUGGAGCUAAGCAUCAGAAAGUGGUUAAGCUGCACACUAAGCUUGGGAAACCCAUUCCUUCAACUGAACCAAACGUUGUCACCCAGGCGACAUCUUCAACAUCUGCUUCUGCUUCCAAACCAACAGCAGCCUCUUCGAAUAUCGUAACUAGCAGCAAUGCCGUGAAUUCUUCCGUUGCAUCUUCUGCCGUGAAAAUUCUCACUUCCUCUGCCAAUGUGCUGCUUAAUGCAGCAUCCAACAAGUCAACAAUAGUUCCAACUAAUGUCACUGUAAAGAAAAUAUCGACACCCAAAAUUAAUUUUGUUGGUGGCAAUAAACUACAGACAACAGGAAGCAAAGUGGAUGAAUUAAAAGCAGUGGAAAAUGUCAAAACAGCUCCUUCUGUUGCUACAGUACAGACCCAAGAAAUCAAACAAGAUACAUCCUCUGAACCUGUAACGCCUACAUCUCUUGCUGCUUUGCAAAGUGAUGUCCAGCCAGUGGGCCAUGACUAUGUGGAAGAGGUGCGGAAUGAUGAAGGGAAGGUGAUCCGUUUCCACUGCAAGUUGUGUGAAUGCAGCUUUAAUGACCCUAAUGCCAAGGAGAUGCAUUUAAAAGGAAGACGACACAGACUCCAGUAUAAGAAAAAAGUAAACCCUGACUUGCAAGUAGAGGUAAAGCCUAGCAUCCGGGCAAGGAAGAUACAAGAAGAAAAGAUGAGAAAGCAGAUGCAGAAAGAAGAAUACUGGAGAAGGCGUGAAGAAGAGGAGCGGUGGAGGAUGGAGAUCAGGCGUUACGAGGAGGACAUGUACUGGAGGAGGAUGGAAGAAGAGCAGCAUCACUGGGAUGACCGACGCAGGAUACCUGAUGGGGGAUAUCCUCAUGGACCCCCAGGCCCUCUUGGGCUACUUGGUGUUAGACCAGGGAUGCCACCACAGCCCCAGGGACCAGCGCCUCUCCGUCGACCAGAUUCAUCAGAUGACCGUUACGUGAUGACCAAGCAUGCAGCUAUCUACCCAACCGAGGAGGAACUCCAGGCAGUCCAAAAAAUAGUGUCCAUCACUGAACGUGCAUUGAAACUGGUGUCUGAUAAUAUGACCGACAACGACAAAACCAAGGGCAAGGAUGGAGACGAUAAAAAAGAAGGCACUAAAGACAGAGCUUUGAAAGGAGUCUUACGAGUGGGGGUGCUGGCAAAGGGCUUGCUCCUCCGAGGAGACCGAAAUGUCAACCUUGUCUUGCUGUGCGCUGAGAAGCCGUCGAAGACGCUGCUGAGUCGUAUUGCUGAAAGCCUUCCCAAGCAGCUUGCUGUAAUAAGCCCUGAGAAAUAUGAAAUAAAGUGUGCAAUACAAGAAGCAGCAAUCAUUUUGAAUUCAUGUGUGGAACCGAAAAUGCAAGUGACUAUCACGCUGACAUCGCCUGUCAUUCGAGAAGAAAACAUGAGGGAUGGAGAUGUAACCUCGGGUAUGGUGAAAGACCCACCGGACGUCUUGGACAGGCAAAAAUGCCUUGACGCUCUGGCUGCUCUACGCCACGCUAAGUGGUUCCAGGCUAGAGCUAAUGGUCUGCAGUCCUGUGUCAUUAUCAUACGUAUUCUUCGUGACCUCUGUCAGCGAGUUCCCACUUGGUCUGACUUUCCAAGCUGGGCGAUGGAAUUAUUAGUAGAGAAGGCAAUUAGCAGCGCGACUGGACCACAAAGCCCUGGGGAUGCACUUAGAAGAGUGUUUGAAUGUAUAUCUUCAGGAAUUAUCCUUAAAGGAGGUCCUGGCCUUCUGGACCCAUGUGAAAAAGAUCCUUUUGACACCCUUGCUUUAAUGACAGACCAGCAGCGAGAAGAUAUUACUUCAAGUGCACAGUUUGCACUACGACUCCUUGCUUUCCGUCAAAUACACAAAGUUCUAGGAAUGGAUCCUUUGCCCCAGAUGAACCAGCGUUUCAAUAUCCACAACAACCGCAAAAGGAGACGGGACAGUGACGGAGUAGACGGAUUCGAAGCUGAGGGGAAAAAAGACAAGAAAGACUAUGAUAACUUUUAGUUGUUGUCUUU